AUGGGGAACAUCGGGGGAAACGCUGGGCCGAUUGCCGACCCAGUGCAUUCCGCGGGUCGGGAUCCCAAAGUCGGAGCCGGUGCAGCGGGAGACGAGUGUCUGCCGCUGAUGCUUGCGGGCGGUGGUGAGCCAGUGCGUCACGAAAAGCGCUCUGUUCCUCAGGGUGCUGAGGGCGAGGCUUCCAACCGAGCGAAGAAGGUGAAGAGUGCUGCUGGUAUCACUACUGCUGGCCCGAAAGAGGCCGCUCCACCGGUUAUUGCUUCGAAGGACGCUGUUGUUGCUUUUGGAAGGCUGGCGAUUGCGGCGGCGGGCACGAAUGAGGGCGCGGAUGAAUCCGUUGGCGACGAGGAGGCCGAGGCGAGGGAUGCGCGGAGGAAGUACCUUGCGGCGCGGGCAGCGGCGAAAGGUGCUGGUCGUGGGGCUGAGGGGGGGGCCUCUAAGAGUGCCGAGAUAAUUCAGACGCCGAUGGUCGGUGUCCGUGUUAUUCCGGGCCAAAAAAACCCCUUCGCGGUUGAGCUUCAUCAUGGUGGCGAGCGCUUCUAUCUCGGCACGUUUCCGCGGGCAGGCCCCGCGCGCUAUCUGUCCGCGGUGGCACAGACCGUGUGGCACGAUUGCGUGCAGAAGUCUGAGUUGGUGCUCACGGAUCAGGAGGAGGAGGAAUGGACACUCGAUCUCGAUCUCGCCCGAAAGAUGACCGCGGGGCUUUACGCUGUUAUUUUCAUCAGGAAACUGACCGCGAAUCACAAGAGGAUGUUGAACAUUUUCAAGACAACUCGCGGAUUCUUGGACUCGAAGGUGAAGCCCACGGUCGAGUCCGCGAUUUGUGUAGCAAUUGGCCUUGAAGCCGCGGAUGACGAAACGGGGGUGAAAGGGAAAGCAUAG